AUGCCAUCCUCCAAGAGAUCACGGAAACGCCAGAGCCGCCUAGCUUUCACUCCACUCCCCUCAUCCUCUCCGGCAACCAAAGGCUACAACAAGCAGAUACGCGACAGAGCGGCAAACGUGUCGUUGGAAGGCGUGUUGAGCUCGGCGAAGCGACGUAAGGUCAUUCACGACGACUAUGAUGAUGAUGAUGAUGUCGAAUCACCAGAUGAAUUGGCCACGAUGCCCACGCCGGCAACCUCGCUAGAGAAGCCUGCCUCUAAGGAAUCGGAGGAUGAAGAGGAUAGCGAUGACCAGCCCAUCCGCUCUGCCCAGCGGCGACCAAUGCAACCGCCUACACGAAAGUCGCGCUCAAAGCAGAAGCAGCUCGACUUCAAUUCUGCGCGAGACCCAGACUCCUUCGAUUCGCCGGUCCAGCUCGCUUCUUCCUCACCGCGCCGUACAAGGUCUACCAAGGGUGGCAUCUUCAGCUCGCAAGUUCAAGGGCCAAUCGUGGACAUUUCUAGCGACGAAUCGGACGCAUCAGCUGCCUCGGAUGAUCUGCCGUCGCCGGGGACAGUCUUGACACGGUCGAAGAAGGCAGAGAAAGUAAAAGAGCAAGAGCAGCGAGGGACCCGUAGCUCAAAAGUGCCAGCCGCGGAGGAGGAGGAUGACAGCGAUGAGAUUACUGUAGGCAUGAGGCGGCCGCGGCCACAACAGGUUCAGGAAGAAAGCGACGAUGACGAAGAUGAAAUGCCGACGACUAUGGGUACACAGCGACGGAAGCGAAAGAGAGCUCGCUCUAGGGACAGCUUCAUCAACGAUUCUCCACCGCAGGCUCUUGACACCGACAGUGACCUGGAGAUUGUUCCGCCGCCCUCUAGGAAGCGUCGCAGGCAAGCGAGUGAAAGUGACAGAGCUGAAGAUGAUGACGACGACGAGCCAAAGACACCCACCAGACGCCGGCUCAAGAAGCAGCCGCGACAGCUAUCCAAGCAGGAGCAGGAGGAUCUGGCAGGAGAUCUGGACUUCCUCGGUCCAAGCAGCGAUGCCGAAGAGUCUGCUCGAAACCCGCGAAGCAGUCAAUCAGCCGCAAAGAACGCGAGGCAACAAGCACUGGAUCGACUGAAGCAGAAGCGGUCUGGAAAGUUGCCGCAAGUCGAAGAAGAAGACGAAGAACAAGAAGACGCAAUUGACGAGGAAGACGAUGUCCAAGAGCUUUCCGAUGAAGUGGAGGAGGUGGCAGCAUACACCAGCAGCCGGCAGUUCUUCAAAGAGGACGACGAGGACGCUGACUUUCUCGUGGACGGGGAAGACGACGAAGGACCGCUUGGAGUGCCUACGGGCAUUCCCAUUGAGUUCACUCGCUAUGCAUCAAUGAAGGGGAAGGAUCUGUUCAAGUAUGCGGUCGAUUGGAUGGUCCAGCGAAAGAUCAACCCCGGCUUUCAGAAAGAUGACCAGCUCUACAACUUGGCUUUCAAGAAAUUGGAUGACGAAGUUCGCGGUCUGGCCGGAUCAAAGUUCACCUCUUCAGCAUGGACUCCAGAGUUCACGGUAGCACUCCAGUCACGCCCAGAGAUCGCAUUUUCCCCUAUUGACCGCACCGCUGCCGAACAUUUCAUGCGCGACAAGUGUGACGCCUGCAACCGCAGCGGUCAUCCCGCCACGUUUGAAAUCCAAUUCCAAGGCCUACCAUACGACCCAUCCACUCUAGAGGAGCUCGACCAUGACGACGACGACGAUGAUGAAGACUCCGAUGAUGCUUCCGACGGUGACGGAUCGACCAAGCAUAACGACGACGAACCCGACUGGGACCAGCAAGGUCGCGAGAUUGUUCCGAUCAACACCAUCUUCUACGUAGGCAGAUUCUGCAAACUCAAUGCUCACACCGCGCACAGCCUUCAGCAUUGGAAGAUGGCCUUGAAAGAGUUCGUCGAAGGCUGGCUGAUCAAGAUGGGGUACACGAAUUCCGCGGAGCUGGAGAAGCGGGACAGGUGGAAGACGAAGAAGAAGCGCAAGUAUGCGAAUAAGAUUGUCGAUUACAUGGAGAAGAGCGGGGAGAUGAAGAUCUUGUGGCGGAAGUUCAAGGCGAAUAUUGAUGAGGCUCGGGAGGCCAAGCAGGGAAGAUUCGAGGCUGUCAGUCCUUGA